AUGCCUUUCCCCUUUGGCAAGUCCCACAAGUCGCCGGCGGACAUCGUCAAGAACCUUAAGGAUAACAUGACAGUGCUUGAGAAGCAUGACAUUUCAGACAAAAAGGCGGAGAAGGCUGCAGAGGAGGUGUCAAAGAGCCUGGUGGCCAUGAAGGAGAUCCUGUAUGGAACUAAUGAGAAAGAGCCCCAGACAGAGGCAGUAGCUCAGUUAGCCCAGGAGCUCUACAACAGCGGGUUGCUCAGCACCCUCAUAGCAGACCUACAGCUCAUUGACUUUGAGGGUAAGAAGGAUGUGGCUCAGAUCUUCAAUAAUAUCCUGCGGCGUCAGAUUGGCACCCGAACACCCACGGUGGAGUACCUCUGCACCCAGCAGAAUAUCCUUUUUAUGUUGCUUAAAGGGUAUGAGUCUCCAGAGAUUGCCCUAAACUGCGGUAUCAUGUUGAGGGAGUGCAUCAGACAUGAACCACUGGCCAAAAUCACACUGUGGUCAGAGCAGUUCUACGACUUCUUCAGAUAUGUGGAGAUGUCCACAUUCGACAUUGCCUCAGACGCAUUUGCCACUUUCAAAGACCUCCUCACAAGACACAAGCUACUGAGCGCAGAGUUUUUGGAGCAACAUUACGACAAAUUCUUUAGUGAAUAUGAGAAAUUACUCCACUCAGAAAACUACGUGACCAAAAGGCAGUCCCUCAAGUUACUGGGGGAGUUGCUUCUUGACCGGCACAAUUUCACCAUAAUGACAAAAUAUAUCAGCAAGCCAGAGAAUCUCAAACUAAUGAUGAACCUGCUACGGGACAAGAGCCGCAACAUCCAGUUUGAGGCUUUCCAUGUUUUUAAGGUGUUUGUGGCCAACCCCAACAAGACGCAGCCCAUCCUGGACAUCCUGCUUAAGAACCAUACCAAACUCCAGCAAGUUCCAGAAUGACAGAACAGAGGAUGAACAGUUCAAUGAUGAAAAGACUUACCUGGUCAAACAGAUCAGGGACCUCAAGAGGCCUGCCCCUCAGGAGGCCUGAGGA